GCAGAGAACUCUAUAUUCCAAAAAAAAAAAAAACGAUAAGACCUUUGUUUGGUGCCUGAGAAAAUUCAAAUAUCUCCGUGAAAAUGUCGGGAAGAGGAAAGGGAGGGAAGGGGCUGGGAAAGGGAGGAGCGAAGAGGCACAGGAAGGUGCUGAGGGACAACAUCCAAGGGAUCACGAAGCCGGCGAUAAGGCGGCUGGCUCGGAGAGGAGGAGUGAAGCGCAUAAGUGGUCUGAUCUACGAGGAGACCAGAGGGGUCCUGAAGAUCUUCCUCGAGAACGUUAUCAGAGACGCUGUCACGUACACCGAGCACGCCAGGAGGAAGACGGUCACCGCCAUGGAUGUCGUCUACGCCCUGAAGAGGCAGGGCAGGACCCUCUACGGCUUCGGCGGUUAGGUUCGUCGGGCCUCCCUGGUGUUGGGUGUGGAGGUGACGGCGGCUGAUGUUUUGUAGGAUUAGUGGUGUCCUGUCGUAUGUCGAUGUCGGGUUUGUAAUUAGGGUUUCUAGAUUUUGGAACUCCUUGUUUCUGGAUUAGCUGUGUUUCAGAUACGUGUUAUAAGCUUUUGAUAAUAUAUGAUUCUGAAGUCAAAUCAUAUAAAUCAAUUUAGAUUCAGAACUU